GUAAAGGAUGUGAUGAAGGAUGUGAUGGCGGGCCUACAGCAGACCAACAGUGAGAAGAUUCUGCUGAGCUGGGUUCGUCAGAAUACAAGGCAGUACCCUCAGGUCAAUGUGGUGAACUUCUCUAGCAGUUGGAAUGAUGGACUGGCCUUCAAUGCCCUCAUCCACAGUCACAGACCGGAGCUUUUUGAGUGGAGCUCGGUGGAGAAGAAGACGUCUGCCAUUGAGCGACUGGAACAUGCUUUUAAUAAGGCCGAGCAGCACCUGGGGAUAGAGAGACUGUUAGAUCCAGAGGAUGUGGCUGUGCCCAACCCGGACAAGAAGAGCAUCAUCAUGUACGUGACGUCACUGUUCAAGGUCCUCCCUCAGAGCAUCUCCAUGGAGGCCAUCGAGGAGGUGGAGACGUUACCGCGGGCAACCUCCUCUGCUACCCGGGUAACCACUGAGGAGCACUAUCAGAUCCAGACCCAGCAGCGCUACUCCCAACAGAUCACCGUCAGUGUUGCGCAGGGUCGUGUCCGGAGCCCCUCCCCUCAGCCUCGCUAUAAAAGCUAUGCCUACACGCAGGCCGCAUAUGUCCAGUCCCCCGAGCAAAAGAGGAGACGCGUUACGGAUCAGUUCCUGAGUACGGCCCACGAGGAGCUCCAAAGAGGGCUGAGUCCACUGCCACCAGGAUCCACCAGUCUGGAGAGCUACCAGGCUGCGCUCGAAGAGGUGUUGACGUGGCUGUUGUCGGCAGAAGAUGGACUCCAGGCCCAACCGCCGAUCUCCAACAACGUGGAGGAGGUCAAAGAGCAGUUCCACACACACGAGGGCUACAUGGUGGAGCUGACCACGCACCAGGGCAGUGUGGGGAGGGUGCUGAGAGCUGGCGCCGCCCUGCUGGCCGAGGGCAACCUGAGCGCAGAGGAGGAACAAGAGGUGCGCGAGCAGAUGAACCUCCUGAACUCAAGAUGGGAGCACCUAAGGGUGGCCAGUAUGGAGAGGCAGAGCAGGCUCCAUGAAGUGCUGAUGGAGCUCCAGCAGCAGCAGUUACAGCAGCUGACAGACUGGCUGGAUGUGACCGAGGCUCGCAUUAAGAGGAUGAGCGCUCAGCCUCUGGGACCAGACCUGGAGGACGUCAAGCACCAAGUGGAGGAGCAUAAGCUGCUGCAGGAGGAUCUGGAGCUGGAGCAGGUGCGGGUCAACUCCCUCACACACAUGGUGGUGGUGGUGGAUGAGAACAACGGGGACAGCGCCACCGCCGCAUUGGAGAGCAGACUGCAGGUGCUUGGAGACCGCUGGGCAGCCAUCUGCAGGUGGACAGAGGAGCGCUGGAUUCUGCUUCAGGAGAUACUGCUCAAAUGGCAACACUUCACUAAUGAACAAUGCCUCUUUGACUCAUGGCUGACUCAGAAGGAGGAGUUGGUUCGUUCCAUCAAGACGUCCAACCUGAAGGAGCAGGCAGAGAUAGUGGCGUGUCAACGGAAGCUUUCUAUGAUAAAAAGUGAGCUGGAGGUGAAGAGGCCCACCAUGGACAAGCUGUGCUCCAUGAGUCAGGACCUUCUCUCCAGUGUGAACAAGGACGUGGCCUGUAAACUGGAGGCCCGCCUGGACAGCUUCGCCCAGCGCUGGGACCGGCUACUGCAGAGUCUGGAGAUGAGCAUCGCACAGCUGUCAUCCACCAUCACGGCCUCCCAGCAGACAGAGGUGGUGCACUCCUCUGUCACCACGACGACCGUCACCAAGGUCUCCAGGGAGAAGGUGGCAGCACUGAGGCAGACCCGAGAAUCACCUCCUCCACAGAAGAAGAGACAAGUGGUGGUGGACUCCGAGCUCAGGAAAAGAUUUGAUGUAGACUUCACUGAGGUGCACAGCUACAUGACCAGAGGGGAGGCCAUUUUACAGAGCCCUGAGUUCUCUGUAUCUCGAAAAGACGGGAGCAUCCAGGAACUGUAUGAUAAAGUCCAGGCGAUUGAAAGGGAGCGACCCGAAAAGUACAGAAAGCUCCAAGAGGCUACACGGACGGCACAGACCCUCGUGGAGCAGGAGGGGACCCGGGCAGAGGACAUAGCCCAAGCGGCGGAGCAAUUAAACCAGCGCUGGACUGGGUUCUGUGCCCUGUUGGCAGAGAGACUGGCAUGGCUGGCCUAUCAGACCAAGGUCCUGGCCUUCUACAAUCUGUUUGAACAAUGUGAACAAGCCGUGGACAACAGCGAGAACUGGCUCAAAGUCCAGCAGCCCCCAGCGGCCGAACCAGAGCCUCUCAAAGUGCAGCUGGACAGAUGCAGGGAGGAGAUCGCGCGCCUGUCUUCGCUCCAGCCCCAGGUGGAUCAGCUGGAGGCCAGACUGAAGGAGCUGAAGGAGGAGAAGGAGGGAGAGGAGGAGCCUUCAUUCUUGGAUGCAGAUAUCAGUGCAUUUAAAGAGCACUACGAGAAGGUGCUGGAGGAUCUGAGGGCGCGAGAGAGGCAAUUGCAACUGGUUUUGGAAAGUUUACCGCCGGCUCGGUACAAGGAAACCAUCGCUGCUCUGUUGGCAUGGCUACAACAAUGCGAAGCCAAGCUCGCCAUCCCCUCCACCGCCGUCACAGAAUACCCCAUCAUGGAGCAGCGACUCCAGGACAUCCAGGCUCUGCAGGUGUCCGUGGAGGAGCACCAGGGGGAAGUGGACUACCUCACCGCAGCUGUGGAGCCCGUGUUCCAGAAGGCACCACCAGAAAUUUGCCAGAAAUACCGCGCGGAGUUGGACGGGAUCUUGGCACGAUGGAGACGACUGGGCACCACCCUCACAGACAGCGCUCAGAGGCUGCAGGAGCUGAUGGCCAAGCUCAUGCAAUUUGAGAAUGAUGUAAAAACGUUGAAGAAGUGGAUGGCAGAUGUGGAUGUGUUCUUAAAUGAAGAGUGGCCGGCGCUGGGAGAUUCGGAGGCUCUGGAGAAGCAACUGGAACAGUGCACAGCUUUGGUAAACGACAUUCACACCAUCCAGCCCAGCGUCAACGGCAUCAAUGAAGUGGGGCUGUAUUUGAAGAAAGAAGCAGAGCCGCCAUUUGCAAUUCACAUCCAAAAAGAACUGGACUCUCUCAACGCGCAGUGGGAGAUGGUGUGCAAGCAGGCCUAUGCUAAGAAGUCUGCGCUCAAAGGUGGUCUAGAUAAGACCAUGGCCCUCAGGAAGGAGAUGCAGGAGAUGCAGGAGUGGAUAAACCAGGCUGAGGAGGAUUACCUGGAGAGAGACUUUACGUACAAGACCCCAGAAGAACUGCGCAAGGCCGUGGAGGAGCUUAAGAAAGGCCAGGAGGAGGUUCACUCCAAAGAGAUAAAGGUGAAGCUUCUGACCGACAGUGUGAACAGCUUCAUCGCCAAAGCCCCUCCCACGGCCCACGAUGCUUUGCGCUCGGAGCUGGACGUGCUCGUGGCCAACUACCAACGCCUGUGCAGCAGACUGGACGGCAAAUGCAAAACGCUUGAGGAGGUGUGGGCGUGCUGGUGUGAGCUGCUGUCCUACUUGGAGCAGGAGAAUCUCUUUCUGGAUCAGCUGGAGCAGAAAUUGGAUGAGACGGAUAGCCUGGAGGGAAGGCCCGAGGAGCUGCAGGAGGCACUGGAAGGUUUGGAGAUUCUGCUACAGCACCCAGAGGACAACAGGAACCAGAUCAGGGAGCUGGCCCAGACCCUGAUGGACGGAGGAGUCCUGGAUGAGCUGAUUCAACAGAAACUAGAUGCCUUCAACACCAGAUGGGACGAGCUCAUGGCCAGGGCGGCUCAAAGGAAGAAGGAGUUGGAAGAGAACAUAAAAAGGGCCCAGGAGAAUGACAAGGCGCUGAGGGACAUCCAGGAGUCUUUGGCGGCCACUGACCGCCACCUGACCGCGUACUUGGCGGACCACAUCGACGCGCAGCAAAUACCUCAAGAAGCACAAAAAAUUCAAACGGAGUUGACAGGGCAUGAAACAACUUUGGAUGACAUGAGGAAGAAGAAUCAAGAUAAAGAGAGAGUACUGGGGCAGAUUGAUGCUACACAGAAAAUGCUGGGAGAUGUGUGGGCCAAGUACCGGCUCUUUCAGAAGCCUGCCGACUACGACGCCAGGCUGUCAGAGUGUGAGCGUAUCCUGGCCGGGGUCAAGGCACAGGUGGGGGUGCUGGACAUCCGCAGUGUGGAGCAGGACGUGGUGCAGUCACAGCUGGAGCAAUGCAUGAAGUUAUACAAAAUCCUAAGUGAGGUCAAAGGUGAAGUCGAGACAGUGAUUAAAACUGGAAGACAGAUUGUCCAGAAGCAGCAGACGGAGCAGCCCAAAGAGUUGGACGACAGAGUGACUGCUCUGAAACUACUGUACAAUCAACUGGGAGCACAGGUGACGGAGAGCAAACUGGAGCUGGAGAAGAGUCUGAAGUUAUCCAGGAAACUGCGUAAGGAGCUGAACAGUCUGACGGAGUGGCUAGCCGCUACUGAUGCAGAGCUAACGCGCCGCUCGGCUGUAGACGGCAUGCCCAGUGACCUAGAGGCCGAGGUCGAGUGGGCACAGUCCAUCCACGCAGAGACCGAGCGCAGACAGCCCCAGCUUCAGGCUGUGGUGGAGCUGGCCGAGGCCCUCAAAGCCGUGCUGAGAGGUCACGGGGGUCUGGUGGACGAUAAGGUCAGCCUCCUGCACUGCAACUGGAUCGCGGUCACCUCCCGAGCAGAGGAGUGGCUCAACCUGCUCCUGGACUAUCAGAGGCAGAUGCAGAAGUUAGAUGGACAGAUUGAGGAAGUGAAUACGUGGAUUGAUGGAGCGGAGAAGAAGAUGGAUGAGAUUGACAGCCAGGGACCCAAUGACACUGUUCUUAAGGUGUUGCGCGCCGAGCUGGAGAUGAUGAAGGAGAAGAUGGAGGAAGUGAGAGCCCUAGCUCAGGAACUGAUGUCAACCAGGGGAGAGAACUGCCAGGCGCAAGUGGGACCUAAAGUGGAGCAGCUCAACCAGCGUUUUGACAGCAUCUCACACAGGAUCUCUACUGGUUUGACCGCAGCUUCGGCCAAGGAGCUGGAGCAGUACCACAGCGAGGCUCAGAUCUGGCUGGAACUACUGGAGGAGGAAGUGAAACAAGGAGAGAACCUGAAAGAAGAGGAUUUUCAAGAAGAUAAGGAUUGUGAAGAAGGAGCUGUGAAGGAACUGUUGAUAAAAGGGGAGAAUCUACAGAAGAGGGCACCAGAUCAGGAUAAGAGGGAGCAAGUCCGACUCAAGCACAACGCACUCAACAGCAAAUACAACACGGUCAAGGACCUGCGUGUACUGAGGAACAGAAAAGCCCUGGCCAUAGCUCCACAGUGGUACCAGUACAGGAGGAAGUCACAUGACCUACUGGCCUGGCUCGAUGACAUCCAACGCAGCGUGGAGCAACUGCCCGACCCACCCGAGGGAGAAAGGGUCAAGGAGAUUGGCUCAGAGUUCGACGCCAAGAAGGAGGAGCUUAAGGAGUUGCAGGGUUUAGCCAAUCAGCUGUGUGAGGGCGGGGCAUCCAAUCUGGUGGAGCCACGGCAACUGCAGAUCAAAACGCGAUGGGUUGAGGUGGAGGGCAAGUUCAUUCCCUUCAAAAGACAAUGUGAGUAUCUGACGGAGCUGCAGGCCCUGUUACGACUGGUUUCAGAGACCGAUUUCAAGCUCAACUCUCCUGAGUACUGGCCCGCUGCGUACUACAACCUGCCCCAGCAAGAACUCUGCCUAACGGAGGUGAAGGCGAGCAUAGACAAGCUGGAGGCCCCAGUGGAGGGAGCUUUGUCCAAGAAGGAGGAGAUGGUGCAGGGAGCGAGACCCAUGGAGGGCCAGAGGAUCCAGGAGACAGCCGCUCUGCUUGGCACCAACUGGGACAAACUCAACAAGCUCUACCAAGACCGCCUCAAGCGCUGGCAGGACUGUAACUCCAGGUGGCACAAGUUUGUGGGGGAGCAGAAGGCUCUGGAGGGGUGGCUGAGUGAGGCCGAGAGCGCCCUAUCUCUGGCAGAGACUGAUCCGGCAGCUCACAGGCAGCACCUCAGGGACUUGACCGAGGCCAUCCCCCCACAGGAGGCUGUGCUGGGCCGGGUGAACUCUGCCGGGGAGGACAUCAGCUCGUCCAGCACCCCUGACGACAGCCUGCAGAUCCGCACACAGCUCAAGGUGCUGAACACGCGCUGGGCCAAUGUGUGCCAACAGCUCAACGAACGCAAGAGGAGGUCAGCGGAGGCCAAGACAGCAGCUGCAGAGCUCCAGCAGGACAUGAGCUCCAUGCAGGGCUGGUUGGACCAGGCCGAGGGGGUGCUGGCCAUCCCCCUGGACCCCCCUGAACCUCAGCACAUCCGGGACACUCUGGGCAAAGUGCAGGCGCGCGUGGAGGAGCUUCCUGCUAAGAGGGCCACUAUGGAGGACAUCAACACACGGCACAAACAGCUGACACUUCCUGCGGACAAGCAAAAGGACAUACGCGUCGUCAACAACCGCUGGGCACAGGUGUCUAAAGCCCUCCCUGAGCGUCAGCUGGAGAUCGAGGGUCUGCUGAAGGAGCUGGAGAAGCUCCAGGCUCAGCUGGACGACCUGUCGGCCUGGGCCUCGAGCACCAGAGGCAAGCUGGAGCAGAGCCCAGAGGAGCCUCCCCCCAGGUUGAUUGAGGAAGUGGAAGCUCGGCAGCCGGAAGUGGAGUUUGUUUUGGAAAGAGGCGAGCAGCUGUACAAAGAUAUUCCUCCAAACCACGGAGACAAGGUGAAGUUUGACAAGCUUAAAGAAGACUGGACGAUAAUAAUGGAAAUGCUCCGGCAACAUAAAGAGAGAAUGGCCCUUCUCGCAGCUAGAAAAGCCAAUGAGAAUCUUUUGGGGAGUGCCCAGGCAGAGUCGGCAGCUCUGGCCCAGUUUAACAAGUCGUGGGCGGAGCUUACGGACUGGCUGACCAUGCUGGAUAACAUGGUGCAGAAUAAAAAAGUGGUGGUGGGAGAUUUGGAUGACAUCAACGAGAAUAUCAACACACUCAAGGUUUCUCUCCAAGAACUGGACCAGCGUCGCCCCCUGUUGGAAAAGCAAGUCACUGCCGCCCAAAACCUGAAAAACAAAACCAGCAACCAGGACACUCGCAACGCCAUCACAGAGCGCAUCGACAGGCUCCAGACGCACUGGGAGGACUCUCAGACCAAAGUAUCAGACCGGGUGAAGCAGCUCCACAACAUGCUGCAGGACUCCACCGACUGGCUGGACUCCAAGAAAGACGCAGAUCAGGUUAUCAAACUGGCCCGAGAGCGCCUGGAGGCCUGGGAGGAGAUCAUCACAUACACCGUGGACGACGUCAAGAGGCAGAAUGCAGAACUCAAGAUGCUAGCCAAAGAGCUCCAGCAGUGGCAGGUCCCCGUGGAGCAGACCAACACUUUGGCCAACAAACUCCUAACUCUGUAUGCCAAUGAUGACACCCACCUGGUCAAACAGAUGAACGAUGACAUGAACGCCUCCUGGACCCACAUCGGAAAACGUUUGGGAGACCGAGAAGCAGCUCUUGGCACAGCUCUGAAAACACUGCAAAAUUUCUACCUGGAUUUGGAGAAAUUCCUGAACUGGCUGACAGAAGCUGAGACUACUUGUAAUGUUCUCAUCGAUGCUACAAACAAGGAAAGGCUUCAAGAACAGCCCGAAGCUGCCCGAAACCUGCUAGCCCAAUGGAAGGACCUGGAGGCAGAGAUAGAUGGACACACAGAGAUGUACCACUCUUUGGAUGAGAAUGGACAGAGGAUCGUGGCGUCAUUGGGGGACAGUGAAGACUCGGCGCUGCUCAGGAGGAGACUGAACAACAUGAGCCAGAGAUGGAACGAACUCCGAAGCAAGACGCUAAGCAUGAGAUCUCACUUGGACUCAGAGAUGGCUCCCUGGAAGAGACUUCACAUGUCCCUGCAGGAGCUCUUAAACUGGCUCCGGAUGAAGAACCAGCAGCUGGAGCAGGAGCCGCCUGUAGGGGGCGACGUCCCUGCUGUGCAGGCCCAGCUCGACACUCACAGGGGGUUCAGAAGAGACAUGAGGGCCAAGGAACCAGUGGUGACCAAAGCACUAGAUGAUGUUGGGGUGUUUUUGUCAGAACUGCCCAGAGAAACCCCAUCUCCUGAGCAGAGAGAUAUCAGCCCCGAGGAGCGAGCGCAUCACGUGGGGUGGGUGCUGCGUAAAGAGGCGGACGACGUGGCGAACCGAUGGGAGCGUCUGUGUGGGGACGCGGCGGAGUGGCAGAGGAGGCUGGAGCUGGCUCUGGAGCGUCUGAUGGAGCUCCAGGAGGCCGAGGACCUGCUGGAUGGGCAGCUGAGGCAGGCGGAGAUGGUGCGUGAUGCCUGGGAGCCCGUGGGUGACCUGGUGCUGGACUCACUGCCAGAGCAUAUCGAGAGGGUCAAGGAGUUCCAGGAAGAGAUCGCUCCCAUUGAAAACGAUGUCAAACGUAUGAACCAGCUGGCAUCCACGUUCGGACCACAUGACAUCCAGCUGUCUCCUAGCAACCGAGAACGCAUCGAGGAACUGAACACCCGCUGGGAACUGCUCCAGGUUUCCGUGGAUACAGGCAAAAACAACUCGGGCAGGAACGGAGUGAGUGAGGCGGACUGCAAGGUAUCCGUCAGUGAGCACUUGCAGCAGCUGACAGAUGCGCACAAGGAGUAUAUGGGUAAGUCCAUUCACACACCUUCAGUGGAAAGUCCAUUUGAACAAGGUGUCUCCCCCAAUAACGUGCCCUACUACAUCAAAGACACAGCUGGACCCGCGCAGAUGACCCAGACACUUCACCAGACCCAGACAACAUGCUGGGACCAUCCCAAGAUGGCAGAGCUCUACCAGUCUCUGGCCGAUCUCAACAACGUGCGUUUCUCGGCGUACCGCACGGCGAUGAAGCUCCGCCGUCUUCAAAAAGCCCUUUGCUUGGACCUCCUGGGCAUGCCCACAGCAUGCGAGGUGUUUGAUCAGCACGGCCUGAAGCAGAACGAGCAGCUGCUGGACAUCUCUCAGCUGGUCACCUGUCUUACCAGUCUGUACCAGCGGCUGGAGCAGACCCACUCCCACCUGGUCAACGUCCCGCUGUGUGUGGAUAUGUGCCUCAACUGGCUGCUCAACGUCUACGACACAACCCGCACUGGGAAGAUAAGAACGCUGUCAUUCAAAACGGGGAUCAUCUCACUCUGCAAGGCUCAUCUGGAGGAUAAGUACAGAUUCCUUUUCCGCCAAGUGGCCAGUGCGACGGGCUUCUGUGACCAACGCCGCCUGGGCCUCCUCCUGCACGACUCCAUCCAGAUCCCCCGCCAGCUUGGAGAAGUUGCAUCCUUCGGAGGGUCCAACAUCGAGCCCUCAGUCCGGAGCUGCUUCCAGUUUGCCAACAACAAACCGGAGCUGGAGGCGUCCAUGUUCCUGGACUGGAUGCGCCUGGAGCCCCAGUCCAUGGUGUGGUUACCCGUCCUUCACCGCGUGGCUGCCGCCGAGACCGCCAAGCACCAGGCCAAGUGCAACAUCUGCAAGGAGUGCCCCAUCAUCGGCUUCAGAUAUCGCAGUCUGAAGCAUUUCAACUAUGACAUUUGCCAAAGCUGCUUCUUCUCUGGACGAGUCGCCAAGGGACACAAGAUGCAGUACCCCAUGGUGGAAUACUGCACUCCGACCACGUCAGGGGAGGAUGUGAGGGACUUUGCCAAGGUGCUGAAGAACAAGUUUCGAACCAAGCGCUACUUUGCCAAACACCCUCGUAUGGGCUACCUGCCUGUUCAGACCAUCCUCGAGGGGGACAACAUGGAGACUCCUGUCACUCUGAUCAACUUCUGGCCCGUAGAUGCACCCGGAUCGUCCCCUCAGCUGUCCCAUGAUGAUACGCACACACGGAUCGAGCACUACGCCAACCGGUUAGCAGAAAUGGAAAAUCGUAAUGGCUCUUAUUUGAAUGACAGUAUCUCACCCAAUGAGAGCAUCGAUGACGAGCACAUGUUGAUCCAGCACUACUGCCAGUCUCUGAACCAAGGCUCUCCCCUCAGCCAGCCACGCAGCCCCGCCCAGAUCCUCAUCUCCAUGGAAACGGAGGAGAAGGGAGAGCUGGAGAGGGUGCUCACCGACCUGGAGCAGGAGAACAGAAAGCUGCAGGCAGAGUACGAUCGUCUGAAGAAGGCCCACGACCGGAAGGGCCUGUCCCCGCUCCCGUCACCCCCGGAGAUGCUGCCCGUGUCCCCCCAGAGCGCUCGCGACGCAGAGCUCAUCGCCGAGGCCAAGCUGCUACGGCAACACAAGGGCCGACUGGAGGCGCGCAUGCAGAUUCUAGAGGACCACAACAAACAGCUAGAGUCACAGCUGCACCGCCUCAGACAGCUACUGGAGCAGACGGAUUCCAAGGUGAACGGCACGGCUCUCUCCUCCCCCUCCACCUCGUCACAGCGCUCCGACUCCUCCCUCCCCGUGCUCAGAGUGGCCGCCAGUCAAACCACAGACACCAUGGGUGAUGACGAGCUCUCCAGUCCAUCCCAAGACGCCGGGUUAGAGGAGGUGAUGGAGCAGCUCAACCAUUCGUUCCCUCAUAGUCAAGGCCCCUCCAUCGGCAGUUUGUUCCACAUGGCGGACGAUCUGGGCCGCGCCAUGGAGUCUCUGGUCACCGUGAUGACUGACGAGCAGAGCGCCGAAUCGCACGAGGCCCUGCGCUUCUGACCCCGCCCCCUCAUCCUCCGAGACCCGCCCCUUCAUCUUCCAAACUCCACCCUUCUCUUCUCUUCCUCCCCAUCCGGCCCACCUACCUACCCACCCACCUUACCUUACCUGCCGCAUGCUUUUCUAGUCAAAACAACUGGAUCGGAACUCAACAGUUUACAAAGAGAAUAUAUAACGUCUAUUUUUGUGAAGGAUUGCGACGUCGAUUAAAAAAAAAAAACUAAAGAAAAAUGACAAAACAUUAUAACUUGUAGAUUUGAGUAGUUUCUUAAAAAAUACGUCCUGAGAAAUCGUUUUAUUAUUAACAGAGGCUGAUUUUUAAACUUCUAUGCAAUUGUAUAAAAUAAGGGGUAUAUCGGGGUUGGGGCACAAUGACAAGAUACAAGUGUGUGUGUUGACGUGAUCGUAUCUAUCGCCAUCUAUUUGUAAACGGGGGUAUAGCGCUAAAGCAUUUCACAUAUUUGUAUGGGGGGAAAAAAUAAGAUUGUAAUCGUAAGGGUGCUUUCUAUAAGAUGUUUCUAUUACACUACUGGCAUCCUGGGUCUUUGCAGUACAAUUUAAGUGUGGGUGUGUGAGUGUGAUGGUGCCUAUUUGACAUUACGUAACAUUAUGUAGCUUUGAUUUAACUUCAUAUAUCCAUCCAUACAAUAGUUUUUUUCCCCUUAUUUUAUGAUUUGGAGUACUGUAUGUAAAAGCACUGUACUAAGCCUGGGACAGAAUGGCUAGAGAUAGGUAUGGAGUGUAGCUAAGAUGUCAAGCUACUUUAAACACUGCUGUAAUUAAAGGUGUACUGUGUAACUUUUCUGGUACAGGGUCUGAUAUCUUCUUGUCUCCAUAGAGAUGUUGUUGUUUUACCUGGAAUGUAGUAAGUAUGUAAUAGGGUACUGAAAAAGUACUGCAAAUCAGAUACUAAUCGAUAUUAAAACUAGUGUUGGAACUAGACACCUAAUUGAGCUAGUAUCAGUAGUAAAAAAAAAAAGUUAGAUUCACAGGACAGAAAUUAACUUCCUAAAUAUCUUUAGAAUGAUCUUGAGCUUUAUCAGAACAAGUAUAAGAGCACGUUGACUAGUAUACGCCCAUGGAACACUCUGGAACCUAACUGGACCACUGAGGGAUUACACAGAUAAGACCACAUGGUGAUAUAAUGAAAGUACCAUGAUUUAAUGUUGAAAAUGACAUUCUGUUGUCUAAAGAGUGUUUUACACACCAACAUGUUGCUAUAGUCAGUAUUGAGUAUCGAUUCCUUUAGUAUCAGAAUUUGUGUGAAAUUUUAGUAUUAAAUUUGUCUUUCUACAUGUCUUCAAUUCCAGGCGUCUUAUGCAGAGUUCACAUAGUCAUGGAAAUCCUUGAAAAAUCAUGGAAAUUGAAAAUGUCAUUUCUAGGCCUGGAAAAGUGGUGAAAUUUUAGUAUCUCUUUCACACAACUAUAGCGUUCUGUUAAGUUCUCAUUAGGCUAUUAUGGUUAUUUCUGAACGUAUGCACCUUUUGUUUAAAAGAGACGCUAAUGCACUGACAAUAUUUUGAAUGUUAAAAAACUGUAAUACCAAGCCAUAAGAUAAGUGGAAAGGGUUAACAUUUCAUAUUUAGCACUAAAAGUAUGAUCUAUUCUACACAUGUAGGGAACCAUGGAAAAUUCACUUUAGGUCAUGAAAAAGUCAUGGAAAAGUGUAAACAUUUUGUCAGUGAAACAGUGGGAACCCCGUUUGUGGUUAAAGAAUGGAUAUAUAUUACGAGUUAUAUACUUGUAGUUUAAUGCCAUACUGUGGAACAUUCCAGGAAAAGCAGCAACAUCCCCAUGGACGCAAGUAAUUGGAAAACCCCCUCCAGAAAAGUUACAUUGUGCACCUUUAAUAUGACGAUCUUUAUGUCGAGAACGGGAUUUGAACCGCAAACUUUUGGAUCAGUGGACAAACUCUACCCACUGAUCUACUGUCUAACCUAGUAACAUUUACAUUGACUAUACUGACUUAUUAGAGUUAGAAAGAGAUAUUCUUUGCUCAAAAUUUGUACUUUUUGACAGAUUAGUUUGCAUUGUCCACUCUGUUUCAGGCUGUAGUCCGAAAUCCAAAUUGCACUGGUAAUUUUCAAAGGUCCUAUUACAAACUUUAAGUGAAUGUGCUAGUAAUAAUAAUAAUAAUAAUAAUAAUACAAUUUUGCGUUUUACAAGGCUGCUAGUUUGAGUUUUGUUGCUUCCUUUUGAACAGGUUAGGAUGAUGCAAGCUCUACCUCGUGCGAAUCGUCAACGUCCAUUGCGGAUUUGUCAGAACAGGUCCCACCCGAGUCCACCCAGAUGCAUUGUGGGUAGUCUGGCAUGAUGUCCCAAUUACGCUACUACCACAUACGGUCAGAUCAGAAUGUUCAGAAUCCCAAACUAUCGUGCACUGCUGUCAGUUACUUCAUUUGUGGAGGAUGCACUCAUUCUAGCUACUUUUUUUGUCUUUUUGUUAGGAUUAUUUUAGCAUGUGUGGCUAAAAUAAGUUUAUAUUUAAUGUCUAACCACUCAGAGAAUCUCGAGUGUAGGAGGUGUGUGUAUUUUUGUGUUAUGUUUUUGGCAGCAUGAUCCAAAAGUUUUUGUUUUCAAACCAGACGGACACUGAAACUGAGUUGUUCUAACUUUUUUGUCUUCUCAUCUUCACCACCCUCACGUCUGAAAUAACGCGUCUAUACGUCACAACAUAUCAGAUUCCACCAAAUAUAUGCCUUACUACUGUAUUAUAAAAUGCUUUACUGUAUAUCAAUAAAGCACGCAGUUAUGUUCA